AUGACUACAAUGGAGAGUUUGAUUGGUUUGGUGAAUAGGAUACAGAUAGCUUGCACAGCCCUCGGCGAUUUUGGGGGCGACGAUGAUGUGUUUUCUUCCCUCUGGGAUGCCCUCCCCUCAGUUGCCGUCGUCGGUGGCCAGAGUUCAGGAAAGUCAUCAGUGCUGGAAAGUAUAGUUGGGAGAGAUUUCCUUCCACGAGGGUCCGGGAUUGUGACUAGGCGGCCUUUGGUGUUGCAACUACACAAGACCGACGAAGGACAGGAGGAAUAUGCAGAAUUUGCACAUUUGCCGGACAGGCGACUUACUGAUUUUUCCUUGGUUCGCAAGGAAAUUCAGGAUGAAACUGAUAGAGUCACAGGGAAGACAAAACAGAUUUCUCCCAUUCCUAUUAACCUCACGGCGCCUCCUCAUACCAUUCCUAUUCACCUCAGUAUUUAUUCCCCCAAUGUUGUCAACUUAACUCUAAUAGAUCUGCCUGGUUUGACCAAAGUUGCUAUUGAGGGACAACCUGAAAGUAUAGCCCAAGACAUUGAAGCUAUGGUUCGAUCUUUUGUUGACAAGCCCAACUGCAUCAUACUAGCUAUAUCUCCGGCAAACCAAGAUAUUGCCACAUCUGAUGCUAUUAAACUUUCCAGGGAAGUCGACCCGAUGGGUGAACGCACAUUUGGAGUGCUGACAAAAUUAGAUUUGAUGGACAAAGGAACUAAUGCUCUGGACGUUCUUGAAGGAAGAUCUUAUCGUUUACAGCAACCCUGGGUCGGAGUUGUGAAUCGUUCACAAGCAGAUAUCAAUAGAAGUGUUGAUAUGAUACUUGCACGACAAAAAGAACGAGAAUAUUUUGCCACAAGUCCUGAUUAUGGGCACUUGGCUAGUAAAAUGGGUUCAGAGUAUCUUGCUAAACUUCUCUCAAAGCACUUGGAAUCCGUAAUUAGGGCAAGAAUACCGAGUAUCACUUCAUUGAUUAACAAAACCAUCGAGGAACUUGAAUCUGAGUUGGACCGCCUUGGAAGGCCUGUCGCUAUAGAUGCAGGGGCUCAAUUAUAUUCCAUUUUGGAUCUUUGUCGUGCUUUUGACCGGAUAUUCAAGGAGCAUCUGGAUGGAGGGCGACCAGGAGGUGAUCGAAUUUAUGGAGUUUUUGACAAUCAGCUGCCUGCUGCUUUGAGGAAACUUCCACUUGAUCGGCAUCUUUCGAUGCAGAAUGUGCGGAAAGUUGUUUCAGAAGCAGAUGGUUAUCAGCCCCACUUGAUUGCGCCUGAGCAAGGUUAUCGGCGGCUUAUUGAGGGAGCCCUAAAUUAUUUUAGGGGACCCUCUGAAGCGACCGUUGAUGCUGUACACUUCGUCUUGAAGGAACUCGUGAGGAAGUCAAUGGAGGAGUGUCAGGAUUUACAACGGUUUCCAACUCUGCAAUCAACAAUAGCUGCAGCAGCAAAUGAAGCAUUGGAAAGGUUUCGUGAGGAUAGCAAGAAAACAGUCAUUAGAUUGGUCGAUAUGGAAGCUUCUUAUCUGACGGUUGAAUUCUUCCGGAGGCUUCCCCAGGAAGUGGAGAAAGGGGGAAAUCCAGCUUCUACAACCGUGGAUCGCUAUUCAGAGGGCCAUUUUAGGAGGAUCGGGUCUAACGUAUCAUCUUACGUGAACAUGGUAUUAGAGACUCUGAAGAAUUCAGUUCCCAAGGCAGUGGUUUAUUGUCAAGUUAAGGAGGCCAAACAGUCUUUACUCAAUCACUUCUACAUACAAAUUGGGCAGAAAGAGGGUAAGCAACUUGCGGACUUGUUGGAUGAAGAUCCGGCAUUGAUGGAGAGAAGAUUGCAAUGUGCCAAAAGGCUUGAACUAUAUAAGAAAUCAAGGGACGAGAUUGAUUCAGUAUCUUGGGUUUGA